AGACAGAAAUUAAAUGAAGUAGUUGGUGUAGUUGUCUAUCACUCAUACUCCAUUAAUUAACUCUCAUCUACAUUUCCACUAUACCCUUUUUUUUUUUCAUUACCUAUUUCAAUUUUAUUAUCAUUUAUAUAAGUAAUUGCCUCCUAUUUCAUCUCUACAUAACUUAUUCCUCUUUUCAAAACACUUUCUUCAAAAUUCUCAAUUUCCAAUCCAUCUGCUCUACACAAGAACAACAACAACAACAACAACAACAAGAUUUUGAAGAAGAAGAAGAAGAAGAAGAAGAAGACGAACCAACAGAGCAAAUAUGGAGAAAGAAAAACAGAGCAGCCAAGAAACGAGGGAGGAAUUUCGAUUGGUUUCCUUCAAGGAAUUGCCCGAUUAUAUGAAAGAUAAUGAGUUCAUUCUUCAUUAUUAUAGAGCCCAAUGGCCUUUGAAGCGUGCUCUUCUUAGCGUUUUUCAAUGGCACAACGAAACCCUAAAUGUUUGGACGCAUUUGAUUGGAUUUGUUUUGUUCUUGGGAUUGUGUUUGGCGAAUUUGAUGGAAGAAAUUCCUCAAGUGGCGGAUCUCUUCGGCUUUUUUUCCAGGUCCAUGCUCACUUCUCUCUAUACAAACAUUUCCUCCUAUGCUUCAAAAGAUUUCAUUGGAAGCACAGCACCAGAGCUAAUGGAAUUAGCCGGAACCAUCCUCCCAUACGACGGCCCCGCCACUUCCGUUGGCCACAUAAAUUCAAUAAUAACCAACAGAUCGAGCACAGAACGGUGGCCGUUCUUCGUAUUCUUAAGUGGCUCAAUGUUCUGUCUUCUCUCAAGCAGCAUUUGCCAUCUCUUUUGUUGUCAUUCUCAUCCUCUAAAUAUCCUAUUACUCCGAAUAGAUUAUGUCGGAAUCACCGUCAUGAUCAUCACCUCCUUUUUCCCUCCAAUUUACUACAUCUUUCAAUGUGAUCCCCUCUGGCAAAUCGUCUACCUCGCCGGAAUCACCCUCAUGGGCACUUUCACAGUCGUCACUCUCCUCUCUCCCUCUCUCUCCACCGGAAAAUUCCGGUCAUUCAGAGCUCUCCUCUUCGUCUCCAUGGGCCUCUUCGGCAUCAUUCCAGCAAUCCACUCGGCGGUGGUUAAUUGGGGAAAUCCUCGCCGGAAUAUAACUCUGGCUUACGAGGGAGCGAUGGCUCUGUUUUACCUAAGUGGAACCGGGUUUUAUGUGAGCCGGGUACCGGAAAGGUGGUUGCCGGGGCGGUUCGAUCUGGCGGGACAUAGCCAUCAAUUGUUUCAUGUAUUGGUGGUUUUUGGUGCAUUGGCCCAUUAUGGUGCUACUCUUGUUUUGUUGGAGUGGCGUCAGAAUUUUGGGUGUCAAAAUUUCAAUUAGUACCCAAUUGUUUAGUUUAUAUUUGUAAUUUGGGAAUUUAUGGGCUUAUAAUUUAUUGAUUUAUUUAUUAGCUAUUUUCUUCGAUUUUCUCACCAAAAUGGGGGAUGUCGGUUCCUGUUUUCCUUUGAAAUUAGUAGUGCUUAUUGUAUAAAAUAAACGAUUUUACUUGGAUUGUAAUGAAAAUUAUUGGGAGUUUGCUUCCAGAAGAAUGAGACAACAAAAAACAACAUGACAAGUUUGUUUGAUAAUAA